CCGGCCUGUCUGAUUGUCGUUUGCUUUUGCUGCGUUUGCCCUCUACCGCUAUGUCUCCUUCCUUUCGCUCCCAAAAAACCCGACCGAGCCGGGACGAGGAGGAUUUCUCCCGGGCCAGAGGAGAUAGGAAGGCAAGAAAGCCGCUGGUGGAGAAGAAGCGGCGAGCGCGAAUCAACGAAAGCCUGCAAGAGCUACGCCUCAUCUUGUCGGAAACCGAGUUCCAGGCGAAGAUGGAGAACGCCGAGGUGCUGGAGCUGACGGUGAAGCGAGUGCAGGGGAUUCUGCAGAGCAGGUCGCUAGAUGAUGACAAAAUGCAGCGAGAGGCCAGUGAACGCUUUGCAGCUGGAUAUAUUCAAUGCAUGCAUGAAGUUCAUACAUUUGUCUCCAAUUGUCCUGGGAUUGAUUCUACUAUUGCAGCAGAGCUCUUGAAUCACCUUUUGGAGUCAAUGCCCCUGAAUGAAGGCAGUUUUCAAGACCUGAUUGUGGAUGUCUUAUCAGAUCCCUCCAUCAGCCAGUGGCCAAGUGGAGAUGGGCCUUCCCAAAUGCCUGGAGGAUCACAUGGAACUUUAAGCCUGUCCAGUCUCACUUCACCUCUUCCUUCACCUUCCUCCAGUGAAGAGAUUUGCUCAGAUCUGGAAGACACAGAGGCAGAGCAGAGCCACAUCUCUUUGGAUGGACUGGACAGGUCUCUGAGUCAAAAUGUGCCUUCCUCCAGCCUUUCGAAGUCUUUGUGGAGACCAUGGUAAUAAACUUCACAAGAAUCAACACAGAUCUACCUAAUAGGGAGAAUACUUGAGCCCUGUGUUCUUCUAGCCAUUGGAAUAUAGACGGUGAGGAUUUCAGAUAGUGCAUUUAUGCCAUAAAAUUAGUGUAUGCAGGACUGUAUAGCUGACACUCUUUCACUGUCAAAUCCUGACAGAUUGAAUUGCUAAGUAACUUAACAUUUCAUCUGUGAGUUUGAGAACUGAAAUUUGUAUGUGUUUUUUUCUUAAUUAUUACUAGAGGUGUGGGGUUAAAAGAUUUGGAAGUGUAUGCAAAAGAGCUCUUUUGUUGAUGCACAGCACUGUUUUUGCGGUACUUUUUUCUUGUGGGGAUGUAGUAAGUGCCUCCAAUACCGUGUAGUUUGGGUUAAGAAAAAGCCCUUGUGGAUUUGAGAACUUGUUGGUUUAAACCAAUUAAAGGCAUGAAGUAAAGCAUUAAUGCAGAAUUUCAUAUAUUUUAAUGAUAGAUUUUAAAAAAUAAAAAUAAAGCCAAGGAAAAUCCCUGAAAGGGAUUGGUGCAGCUAGUUUCUUGAUGAGUUUAGUAUUCUAGGAUUUCUCCUUCAGUGAAGGAAGAAGAAACUGGAAACCAGGAUUGAAUUAGGUAAAGUUUUAGAACAUUGGUGGCAGGGUGCCUUCUAGAAAUGGGUUUUGUGCACGUCUAGCACAAAAUGAAUAUGAAUUUUACUGUGUCAUGUAUAUUAAUUUGUCAAAUGUUUAUUUUAAUCUUUUUUAAAAUAAAAGUUCACUGAUUGCUUGUAUUUUAAGGCACAAUAUUUCUGCUCUGGAUAUUCAGUUCCAUGUUAGUGAUUAACAAAUAUGUACCCUUGAGUGCAAACAUUGGUAAUUAAGCACUUAAUUCUUGUACUGAACUUGUCUGUUCAAGUCCAGAGAAGCUGGAAUGUUUCAUUUGUUCUUGGACAGAUCUUAAUUUCAGCACACUAAAUUCCUCAGAUUUGUUCUGCGUCUUCCAGAUUCACUCUUUGAAAAUAUAUCCCAGCAGAUUUUCAAGCUACCCAAGCAUGCUCAUUUAGAAGCAAGGAUAAGUGUGUUGAGUAUUGCUUGAACCUAAGUAAAUGUGCAUAGAAACCAAUUUAAAACUAAUAACUCUGACAGUUUAGACAAAUGAAAUGUGGUUGAAUGGAAAUCAGUUAAUGACACAUAAUUGUUCAGAAAGCUUAUAACCACAACUUUAAAAAAAAAAAAUCUUCCACUGCAUCCUUCCUCAGUUGUCUUUGAAAAAAAACAAGUGUUAGUACUCUUACUGUUAUUUUUCCAGGAAGCCUUCAUAUCAUAGAUACCUAUGCCAGUCUUCUCAACCUGAUAUUCUCUGUUUCCUUUAUCCUCAGCCAGUACAUUCAGCAAAGAUGAUUGAGAACCAGUGUUUUGGGCACCAGACUGCAGAAGUUGUUAACCUAUGAAAGUGCCCCAAUUUAGGAAACGGGAGGGAUAAACAUGUGGGCUGUCUGUGUAAUAGUUCUUUUUGUUAACUAUGUGGAACAAUAAAAAGCGGAAACUAUGUGGAAAAUGUGUGCUUUGUAAACUGCUUUUUAGGCCAUCUGUUGUGAAUGGUCUUAAUUAAAAGCCUCCUCAAAGA